AUGGCCGCUGCAGCAACUCUCGCCGGAAUCGGCGUCAUUCCGACGUCCUGCGCGACGUUCGACGUCGUCUGGAGCAAGCUCGUGCCUCUCGCGGCUGCGAUGCUGCUUCUCGAGCAGCCGUUGAACCGCCUGGCCUCGCGGCGGGGGUCCAACUGGCAGUGUCUCGCCGCGUUCGUUGUGGGCGCCGUCGGGAGCGUGGUGGGGGCGUUCGCGGGCUGGGCCGCCGUGCGCUCGGGGGCCUGGCUCGGGCCGGAAGGCUACAAGAUCGCCGGCGCUAUCACGGCCUCAUACAUAGGUGGAUCGGUCAACAUGGCUGCCACGGCCGCGGCCCUGGGCCUCGCGAGCCCCGCGCUGGUCGCCGGCGCGGCGGCCGCUGACAACGUGGUCAUGGGGGUGUAUAUCGCGGGGUGUGCCGCGAUUGGCGUCGCGGAGAUCGCGCGGAGCGCAAGGGCCGCUGGGCGCGCCGGACCGUCGCCGUUCGCGGGGGCCGGGGAGCUGGGGGGGGUAUUGAUGUUGCUCUUCUUUGCUACCAUCGGCGCCACUGCGGGGGGCUGGCGCGCGCUCGCGGACGCGCCGGCGCUGCUGCUCUACUGCGGCGUGCAGGUCGGCGUGCAUCUGGCGUUCACGCUCGCGGUCGGGCGCGCGCUGAAGCUUCCGUUGCGCGCCGUGCUUGUGGCGAGCAACGCGAACGUCGGGGGGCCGGCCACGGCGGCCGCGAUGGCAAGCGGUCGCGGCUGGAGCGACCUGGUUCAGCCGGGGCUGCUGACGGGCGCGCUCGGCUACACGGUCGGCACAGUUAUCGGCCUGGCGGUUGCCCGCUUGCUGAUGUGA